AUGAAACUGGGGCUGUUAUACAAAUUGUUAGACGGCCUGGAUGAAAGUUUUGUCGCGAGCUUUUAUCAGGAGGCCCAAUGGCUAUCCUCGAAAGCUUCACAGUUGGGCGCUGUGAAACUGCACGCUAUUGUUAAGGAAGACCUGGAUAAUGAGAUAGAGGAAUUUAGGGAGUUCUUUACAGGAGAUAUUCAUCUCGAUGAGAAGAAAGAAUUCUACGGGCCCCAUGAGCGAGUGGGAGGAAUGUCUGACCUGAUGAGUUUCAAGAUGAUGGGAGCGUAUCGUAAGAUACAGACCACAGGAAACAUGAAGGGAGAAGGUUGGGUUAUGGGAGGAGUACUUGUUAUCGGUCCUGGAGAGCAAGGAAUCCUGUAUCAACAUAUUGAAGCUAAAGUAGCUGAGAGGUGUGAUAUUGAUAAAGUCAUGGAGGCGGUCCAGAAGAUCAGCCAGUAAGAGGACUAUCAGAGACACUUGUAAUGCUGUUAAAUUUUUUGAUUCGGUAAAUAAUGCUAGUUUGAUUUGAGGAUUCUGUGCUUUUCCAAGGUACUUCUAUUAAGUAUGGCAAAGUUUGCCCGACUUGUGUUUUGAGUUUUAAUAUGACGCUGGAACGGGAAAGUUUCGUACUCCGUUUUGGCUGAUAUUUCAAACACACGCUUUUACUUUUAGAUGUUACCUAGAUUGUCACUUUAGACUUUAUAUAUUUAAUUACUUGUUGACCAAGUUUAGUUUUUUCUUAUGUUUGCAAUUUGCAUUGGUUCUUUCAAUGGUGGUGAUUAUUAAUAUUUGUAUAAUUGUAUAAUGAGAGGUAAAUAUGGUUUUAUACUUUCAAAUUGUAUUUUUAAUGAUCGCUUGAUUUCAUUUUCUUGCAAAUCUGGUCGAUUUUAUAUUUUACCGUAUAUCUUGGCACUUUAUGGGAAUGUAUGGGUCAGGGUAGGCUGGGCAAUCCACAACAUGGCAGAUCUUUACAUAUCAGAAAGUGGAUGUGGAUAUUGAUGGAAUUGUUUCUAAUAAUGAUGGGAUCGGUAAUUGUGUAAAAUAAUUAAUGGGAAACUGACUAUUUAGCGAAAAUCGUACCUACCGUUGUGAACGUUAAUAUUUUGUAUAUGAUUUAAUUUCUAAUUUAUUUUAUUACUUAGCACCAUUGAGAUUUAUGGACAACUAUUAUAACUAACCACCGACUCUUCUAGGAAUGAGAAAUGUUCGCCGAGUUUGUAGUUCGAUUGUCUCCACAACUCUAAAACACCACGCCCCGAGAUGCAGUGUUCUAGAACACCCUCUCAUCAGAUCUUACCAGAUAGAAACUCCUUCCAUUUCUUGUUUAUCAGAUAAGAUUCAGACUGUAAGAAUAUCUAGCUUAGUUUCAAGACUGCUAGUGCCUUGAUAACGGUUUUACAGGUCAGGGUGGUGAAAUCUUGUGCCUUGUUGUCCCGACCUGAUCAUUUUAAAUUCCUUGAUAAGCAGAAUAAGUAUGACACAGUUGUGAUAAAUAUUCAAGUCAUUUCUGUUGAUAAUAUUCUGCUUAGAAAUGAACAACUUACCUUUAAUCGGAAACUUGAUCCCCGUACGCAAAUUUGCCACGGAACUGGGCCGAAUGGUACUUUAUGUAAGGCGCAGAACAGUUAACAUUAGACCAAGUCCAUAUGAUUGGGCAUCUGCGGUAGGUUUUUGAGCGCGCGUUUUAUGCGCACUCAUUUUCAGUAUUUUGUUUCUUGAACAAUUGCAUCGUAGGAUGAAAUGAACUUGAUGUGAGAUGACGAAGGUCCCUAAACUUUGGUUUGUACAGUUGGUUCAGGUUCUCAGCGGAAACUCUAGAGCUCUGCAAGCAACCGCCAGAGAUUUUGGGUUAAAUACUAUCUACCAACCGACCGUGGUUCCAAAUACGCCGUCCAAUAAUGUAGCCCUGGAAAGCCUUGGAUCUCUUAUUCAUGUGCAGCCUCUAGUGAUCGCACCUAAGCCCUAUCCUUACGCAGACCAUCCUUUUCUUGCCCCUAAUGGCGUCUUUUACCCUUCUGCCGAUAAACUGUCGGACAUACACGAGAAGUGUGGUGACACAUCACAUUUCUUAGACUUUCCUUCUUCCACUCCAGACCCCGUUAAACAAGACAUUUUGGCAGAAUAUAAGGCUAUUUUCAAGGAUUCCGAUGAACAGUGACCUUCGUUAGACUUGAUCAGUGCUUAAUUUAUUCAGUUUGUAUUUUCGUAUGUAUAUAAUUUGUUAAAUAUUUCUCCAUUUGACUACUAUGUGGUAUUUUGAUCCGUG